CUCAAUCAGCCCUAUUUUCUAAGCUUUCCACUGAACCAACGCCGUUCGAUCUGCCGCGAGAAAUUCCUUCUCCAUCGUCUUCGUCGCUGUGCUGUUGCCGCUUUAUCAUCUCUAAGGUAAAGCGCUGUUUAGUGCUGUUUGCAUCUGCUGGGGUUACGAGUUCUGUUUGUGGUAGUUGAUUACUUGGGGAUAAAGCUUUUGUGCAUACAAUUUUACGCAGUUACAAGUUCAGGACAUGUUCAAUGCUUGCUUCCACAAUCUAUAGGCCAUUGAGUUUUGAAGCAGUAAUAGCGAGAAGAUCCUCAAGUUUUAUACUGAAAAUUUCUUCUAAGGCUUUUAUCCGGAAUAUCCAAAUGGGAACGAAUCAGAACUCUAUACUACAAGGUUGCAACAGUAACUCUAGAGGAGCUUUGGUGGUUCUUGAAGGUUUAGACCGGUGUGGGAAGACUACACAGUCCAGUAGAUUAGUCCAGUACUUAGAAGGACUUGGGCAUUCUGCCGAACUCUGGCGGUUUCCUGACAGAACUACAAGUGUUGGACAGAUGAUAUCUUCUUAUCUUUCAAACAAAUCACAGCUGGAUGACCACACGAUACAUCUUCUUUUCAGUGCUAACCGAUGGGAAAAAAGAUCAUUAAUGGAAACUAAAUUGAAGAGUGGAACCACUCUUAUUGUCGAUCGGUAUUCAUAUUCAGGGGUGGCCUUUUCAUCUGCAAAAGGACUUGGCAUUGAAUGGUGUAAGGCGCCGGAGGUUGGCUUGCUAGCUCCAGAUCUAGUUCUGUACCUAAACAUAUCUCCAGAGAAAGCAUCAGAAAGAGGAGGAUAUGGAUGUGAGAGAUAUGAGCAGCUUGAGUUCCAGAGCAAAGUUGACCAAUACUAUCAAGUUCUGCAUGAUUCUUCUUGGAAGGUUAUUGAUGCUUGCCAACCCAUGGAAGAUAUUGAGAAACAACUACAAGAGAUGGUUCUGGAAUGUGUCAAGAAAUGCCACAAUGGGGAACCGAUUUCCCAGCUUUGGUUAAGUUGAUGCAUUUCUGAAGCUUCAAGUUUUUUUUUUCCCAAGUGUAUUUAUGUUCGACAUGUUGAGACCCUGAGGACUUGUCUUGUGUUUUAUGUUUCUCAAGUGUAAUUUGGAUUUCUUUUUACAAAGUUAUAAUUUUCAAGCUUUGACCUUAUGAAUCA